GAAAUCCCGGCGGUGGUUGGGGUACUGUAGUAUGUGCUGGAACGAGAAGAGGUUGACGUAUUUGCAAUACAGCGUCAACUGUGUCGGGGAGCUGCAGAGGUUUCUCGCAUCUUCAAAUAACGCAGCUUGUAGUUCCUCGUCAGGAAACGAUGAAGAAAAAGACGGCGAAAAAAUUCGUGCCCAAAUCCUACUCAGGGACGACGAUGACUCGUCAUCUUCAGACCUGUUCACUGCAAAGCUGGCUACCUGCACAGACGCGAUAGAGUUGCCCAGUGCCGUUUUUCAAAAAGCGAAGGAGCAGACGCAAGGUCAAAUGCUUGUUGGUCAUCAUCUCGAGGACGCGUCGUCGAAGCAGGAUAAUUGUAAUUUUUAUUCUGCCGCCACCGCCUGGACGAAGGAAGACGAGGAGUUUUGGAGCCGGAAAAAAGUGGUUGACGGUAGUGAAAAUAAUCUCAAAGGGACGUCUAUCCUGAGUAAAAACGUACCCACACCAGAGUCAGGAUGGGGAAUCUGCUAGACAAAUCAGCCAGCUUUGGUUGUUUGGCAUGACAAGUUUGUCCGCGUAGUUCUGGUGUGGGUAAUCUGCUAGACAAAUCAGCCAGCUUUGGUUGUUUGGCAUGACAAGUUUGUCCGCGUAGUGUAGUGCUGUUUGAGCUAGUUUAGCAGCAUUACAGAUCUAGUAUCUCGUGCUGAUUGGAGCAUGACAAAUUUCAAAACCGCAUUAGAAAAUGCGGGGCUCCGCAUGAGAAACAUUUUAAGCAUGCAGAGUUGCAUGACAACUAUGGUGUGGGUACGUUUUUACUCAGGAUAGCCUCGAGAUUUUACGACGACGAUGAGGAUGACGAGGCGAGGUGGAAAUUGCCGGUCUUGAAGGAAGAGGAUCUUGGAUUUUUCUCUAAGUUUUGUCUCUCCUUCAGCGGCAAACUCGAGAACCUGUUCCAGGAGUCGUACUCAUUUACGUCAGGCAAGGACGACAAUUCACCUGCAGACGAGGAUAAAACUGCAAGCGAGAAUAAAGCAAAAAUCAACCUGUGGAGUUGCUUUCGAGACGUGUUCUGGAGCUUCUGCGUGGACCUCCCGGUGACUGGAGCGCUUUUUCUCGCAGGAUUACAACUUUUGGGCUUCGUUUGGGUAGCUGGUUUUGUCGCAGAGAGGGCGUUUGCUUGGAUAGUUUCUACGGACAACGACGGAGAUGAAGACGCAGAGGCUCCUGCUGGUGUUCAGAUAAAUCCUGGGAAAAUAGUAAAGCACCGACAAGAAUUUCAUGAGAAGUACUGGAAUUGCGAGUCCUGGAUUAAAACGUGCGACUCACUGCUCGCGUCAAUUCAAGUCGAGUUUGCGCAAGCUUGUGCGGCGCUCAACGCUGCUCCUGCUGAAAGCGGUACAUCAACUAGGGUUACCAGUGCACCAACGUCCGAAAUUUUGAACCAGUUCGUGCACUCUAACCGAGGGUUCGGAAGCGUCGCGGCUUCUUCAUCGUCAUUCUGGCGCACGACCAAACACCUACCUGCUCAAGGCAACGCGGAGCGCGCCUCCCGCGAUGGUAUAUUACUAGCGACCUCGUCCUCCACGUCGAAGAAGCAGACAAGCCAGGAACUUAUCGAUCCGACAGAAGAACGCACGACGAUUACUCCGACAACCUCAACGGAGAGCAGCAAUAAGCGCCCGGUUUUGUUGCAGGAGGACCUGAUCCUGGCCCACAGGACCACAGAACAAAAGCAGAAACGCGAGGAUCAAGAUGGGUCUAGCAACCUACAGCAAGAGCGUGCAGCUGAUCGCCACGGCAGCUCAAGCAGCUCACAUGAACAAGAUCCGGCGGCAUCAAUAAACAACUGGUCCA